AUGGAGGGAAAACAUCUUUCUUGGUGUAAUGGACAUCAAGGUUUGGCUCGGAGUUGGGCUAAACUUGAUAGGGUGCUUGCCAACAAUAUGUUUGUGUCCAAGUUUGGAGGUGUUGUUGCUUGGUUUUUGAAUAGUAGAACCUCGGAUCAUUCGCUGAUCUUAUUUCAGCUAGUUAUGAAAUUUAAGAGAUACGGCCCUGCCUCGUUUAGAUUUCAGAACAUGUGGACGUCUCAUGAUGAUUUUCUUUCUACGGUGAUGAGGCCUUGGGAUGAGAAUAUCGUUGCUGAGAGUGGCUUACAUGUUCUUGCUAGAAAACUUAUAAGAUUAAAAGUGGCUCUUUGUGUAUGGAAUAAGGAGGUUUUUGGGCAAGUUGAUGGGCAUAUCCGUGCUCUUGAGGAAAGAGUAAAGGUGUUAGAUCGCUCCAACAAAAUUUCUCUGAUUCAGUGGAUGCCGAAUUGGUUUCUACUAAAACAAAACUUGAUUCUUGGAUCCAAAGAGAAGAGAUGA